AUGAUCAUGAAGACCCUGUGGUCAGCGGUCACGGUGACUGAGCAGACGCACCCGCGCUGGGUGGCGCCGGAGAUGAUGCGGUCCAACGAGCUGUCCAAGGCGUCCGACGUGUACAGCUUCGCCAUCGUGAUGUACGAGGCGCUGACGUGGCGGAUGCCCUACUACGCCAUCAAGAGCCCCCUGAUAUACAUGCGGGUGGGCAUUGAGGAAGAGCGGCCCUUCAUCCCGCCGGAGGGCGACCUGCCCGGGUCACCCGGGGGCAAACGCCUGGACCUCUACAUUGAGUUGAUGAAGGAGUGCUGGGACCCCAAACCCGACAAGCGCCCAACGUUUGAUCAGAUCGCGAAGCGCCUGAAAGUGCAGCAGAGCUGGGCCAAGCUGCAGCCGCACGUGAAGGACGCGGGCAUGCCCGGCACUGUUGUUGAUAAGCUGAGGAAGCAGGUGGAAGCGUCAAAGGCAGCCGCGGCCGCGGCGGCGGCUGCGGCGGAGGCCCAGGCGCAUGCGGCCGACGCCGCGGGUGCCGAUCCUGCGGCGUCCCCGGAGGCCACAAAAGCGGCCGCCGAAGCGGCAGCAGCCGCGCAGGCGGCGGCCGCCGCCGCCGCGGCGCUGGAGGCGGCGCAGGCCGCGCAGGCGGCGCCGCAGCGCCCGUCGCCGCCGCCGACGCCGAGCAGCGGCGGGCAGAGCAACAACACGCCGAUGCUGACCCCUCAGACCUCCUUGGACGUGCUGGCGGCGCAGGCGCAGGGCGCGACGGUCGCCAGCGUGCGGCCCGGGCGCGACGAUGCCCCCGGCUACACAGGGCUGCAGACCAUUGCGGACAAGGCUGCACUCCUGACCAUCCAAGAGGCGGCUGCAGAGGGCAAGUCCGUGUCCACCACCGCCCCCGCCAGCCUGCACAGCAGCCUCAACGGCGGCGGCGGCGGUGGUGCCUCGAGCUCCCUCGAAAUCGGCAUUGGGGCGGACCCCAGCCACACGGGCCCCCCGCCGCAGCUGGGGCAAAACGUUCCCGGCAUCUGCACAUUCUCGAGCAUCAGCGCGGCCGCAGUGAACAACGCCAUGGCCGCCGCAGCGCUCGGCGGCGGCGGCAUUGCAGCGGGAGGGCGCGGCGUCUCGACCCUGCCGCCGCUGCCGAACAGCCCCCAGCAGGCCGGAGGCUUGGCGGCGGGCUCGCCGGCGCGGCAGGCGGGCGGCGAGGGGUUGGCAGGGCGCGGCUUGGGGCACCUGGCCAGCAUUGCAUCGCGUGAUGACUCAGGGUCCACGUUGGGGGGCCCGGCGCUGCAGACAAUCUCCACGCUGCGGACUGUGAGCAAUGGCAGCACCGCGAGCCAGGCGGCGGCCGCCGCCGUCGCGGCGGCCCCGCCCGCCAACCUCCCACACCAGCCGCCCCUGCAGGCGCAGCAGCAGCUGCUGCAGCAGCAGCACCUCCAGCAGCAGCAGCAGCAGCAGCAGCAGCAGCAGGCGGCCUUCCACCACCAGCAACAGCAGCAGCAGCAGCAGCAGCAGUUGCAGCCUCACGUGUCCCUCCUCGACAAGCUGGGCAUGCCCCUGGCCGAGCCAGUCGACACCAACCCGGGCAGCAGCUGGCGCGAGAGGUCGCGGCAGCAGCUCAUAGAAUUCAUGGGCCGCGGUCGCCCGCGCCGCACGUCCGAGCCGAUCCUGGAAGGCGGAGAGGCGCAGGACGGCAGCCCGAGCGGCGCCGGCGGCGGCGCUGGCGGCGCGCAGGACGGGGCCGGCGGGCCGCACGGGGCCGUCGCGGGCGGCGCCGGCGCCCCGGGUGGCGCGUGGGACGUGCGUCGGACGCAGUCGGACUUGGCAGGCCUGGCGGCCGGCCCUGACCAGGGCUAUCCCGCGCCACGCGCCUCUGAGGACGCGGUUCGCAGCCACCCCAUACCCGUGUCCGGCCCAUGGGUCGGCGGCGGCUUGCAGCAGGGCGGCCAGAUGGGCGGCGGUGGCGCGGCGCAGCCGUGGCAGCAGGCGCCGCCCGGGCAGCAGCACUGGCAGCAGCAGGGCCCGCAGCAGCAGCAGCAGCAGCAGCACUGGCAGCCGCAGCAGCAGUGGCAGCACCAGGGUCUGCCGCCGCAGCAGCAGUGGCACCCACAGCAGCAGUGGCAGCAGGGCCCGCCACAGCAACACUGGCAGCAGCAGGGCCCGCCGCAGCACUGGCAGCAGCACCAGGGCCCGCCGCAGCACUGGCAGCAGCAGCAAGGCCCCCCGCAGCAGUGGCAGCAGCAGCAGCAGCAGUGGCAGCAGGGCCCGCACCCGCAGCAGCAGUGGCGGCAGCCUCAGGUCCUGGAGCCUGGGGUGCGGGUCGUGUCGCAGCAGCCAAUGAGCGGCCACUACGGGCCCCCGAUGGGGCUGCAGCAGCCGCUGUCCCAUGGCCUGCCCGGCGGCGUCCCGCGCGUCAACAUGCUGCAGCAGCAGCCGCCGCAGCUCGUGUCCCCGGGCCAGGGCGGCCAGGCGCCUCCCGCGUACGCGCAGAGCGUUGGGCCGGCCUCGACAGUGCACUCGCACUGGCCCGGCCACUGA